UGAACAGUAUGUGGCAUGGGUUAUUUCCAAUGCAUCACCAGUAGCGCUAAAGCUUACAGAGAUAGAAAAAGCCUCAAAAGCCGAUGGAACUAUUCAAGCGGUUCGUCAGGGAAUCGAAAAGAAUGAAUGGACCGAAGAUACUUCGACAUUCAAAAUAUUUUCUACUGAACUAUGCUUUGCUAACAAUAUACUGUUGCGAGGAAACAGAAUAGUUAUGCCUGCUUCAUUAAGAGAAAGGACCUUACAUCUAGCCCAUGAAGGUCACCCAGGUAUGAGCAUUAUGAAACAGCGAUUAAGGGCCAAAGUAUGGUGGCCAAAACUUGAUUUACAAGUAGAACAAUACGUCAGGAAUUGCCGGGGAUGUAUGCUGGUCUCUGCAGCGCCCGUUCCAGAACCAAUGAAGCGAAGAGAAUUGCCAUCAGCACCAUGGCAACACGUGGCCAUUGAUUUUCUAGGACCUCUCCCAUCAGGCCAUUCGUUGUUAGUAGUAGUCGAUUAUUUCAGUCGCUACAUAGAAGUAGAAAUUAUGAAAAAGACGGAUUCUAUACAGACUAUAGGACGGUUAAAUUCAAUUUUUGCACGAUUCGGACUACCUCUAUCUAUUACUGCAGAUAAUGGGCCGCAGUUCUCAAGCGAAGAGUUCCUACAGUUUUGCACCACCAAUAACAUUAAAUUGAUCAGUACCACCCCAUACUGGCCGCAACAAAAUGGUGAAGUCGAAAGACAAAACCGAUCCCUUCUUAAACGACUUGUCAUCAGUCAAUCAAUGAAUGCAAAUUGGAUCGAAGAGCUUAACAAAUACCUAUUAAUGUAUCGAUCUUCUCCUCAUUCAGUCACUAAGAAAACACCGUCGGAGAUGCUUUUUAAUUAUAACAUAAGAGAUAAAUUACCAUCUAUAUUUAAUCCAAUAGUUGAACAUGAAGAAGUGGCAGACAGAGAUAAGGAAGCUAAACACAAAGGUAAAAUGUAUUCAGAUAAACGAAGAAACGCAAAAGUUAGCUCAAUAUGCCCGGGUGACGAAGUUCUGGUCAAACGAAUGCGUAAAACCAACAAACUAUCAUCUAACUUUGGGACAAAAGUUUUUAAGGUGGUUGAAAGGAAAGGAGGAGAUGUGUUAAUAGCAUCAAAAGAAUCCGGUUUGAAAUACCGGAGGCACGUAUCUCAUUUGCUUAAAGUUCCUACAGAAGAAGGUAACCCCCUUGCACCAGAAUCAGUAGACAACGGAAUGGUAGAUCCAAAUAACAAAGAAAAGAAUGUUACUUGCAAAGAUACCACAAGCAAAUUAACUGAUAGAAGUCUUAGCUAUAAGCCAAGUAAUGAGACCACAAGAUCUAAAAGAACUAUUCAAAAACCAAAUUACUUGAACGACUAUAUUAGCAGUUAGAA